ACUACGCUUCUUUCCUUGAACUGUUAAAGCCCACGACACCUCUGUGUCUCGCUCUCUCUCUGUCUCUCGCUCUCUCUCACACACACACACACUCUAGAUAUCUGGCUGGAGUGGUUGAUAUCCCUGUUCUAGUGUGGGUGUAUGUGUGCAAGGGACAAACCUUGUACUAAGUCCCAACAAAUCUCUCUCUUCCUUUGUGUGCAGGACCGGGAAGCUUAUAUAUCCCUCAGAACCUCAACAAAGACAACCCAUUGAACAGGAAAAGUUAGAAUCACGAUGCCGUGUUACCGAUUAUUGCCAUUUUCUAUUCUAACUACCAUUCUCUUCUUCUCUUUAACUUUCUUUACCUUCUGCCGGGGAGUGUCUCAUUUUCCCACCAUCCAAGCAACACACUUUUCAGGGAAAGCUAUUGAAGGAAAUUAUCUGAUUUCUAGGGGGACCAAAAGGGUGCUUGCUGAAGGACCCAAUGAUGAACCUGUUUUGAAUUCAUCUCUUGUGUUGGCAGCCAAAAGGACAUAUAGAAAAGAUCCUCUAGAUGAUUUAAAGAAAUAUACCGGAGGUUGGAACAUUAGUGAGCGCCAUUACUGGGCUUCUGUGGGUUUUACUGCUGCUCCCCUCUUUGUUAUUGCGGCAAUCUGGUUCGUGGUAUUUGGCCUGUGCUUGUCACUCAUCUGUCUCUGCUACUGUUGUUGUCCAAGGGAGCCUUAUGGCUAUUCUCGAACAGCUUAUGCUCUCUCUCUUAUUUUACUCAUACUUUUCACCAUUGCUGCAAUCAUUGGAUGUGUUGUUUUGUACACUGGUCAGGGGAAGUUUCACAGUAGUACAGUGAAUACUUUGGAAUAUGUUGUACAUCAAGCAAAUAUAACUGCUGAGAAUCUUAGGAAUGUCUCCGAGUAUCUUGCUGCAGCCAAGCAGACUGGAGUGGAUCAAGUUUUCUUACCUUCAAACGUGCAAACUGACAUUGAUGAGAUUCAAACCAAGCUCACCUCUUCUGCUACUACCCUUUCCACUCGAACUGCUGACAAUAAAGAAAACAUACAACAUCUCAUAGAUUCUGUGAGAUUGGCUCUAAUCAUACUUUCUGCUGUUAUGCUUCUGUUGACAUUUCUUGGAUUUGUAUUUUCAAUUUUCGGCAUGCAGUUUCUUGUGUACAUCUUGGUGAUCAGUGGGUGGAUUCUAGUGACAGUAACAUUUAUUUUGUGUGGCAUAUUUCUUCUCCUCCAUAAUGCGACUGGAGACACCUGUGUAGCAAUGGAUCAGUGGGUUCAAAACCCAACUGCUCACACAGCUUUAGAUGAUAUCCUGCCUUGUGUGGACAAUGCCACUGCACAGGAGACCUUGUCAAGAACCAGGGAAGUCACUUCUCAGCUUGUCGAUGUGAUUAACCAGGUCAUCACCAAUGUCUCUAACAUCAAUUUUUCCCCGAACUUCGCACCUAUGUACUACAAUCAGUCUGGUCCAUUGCUUCCAAUUCUUUGCAAUCCAGUUAAUCAUGAUUUGACAGAUCGAGCAUGUACUGCUGGUGAGGUGGAUUUGAGCAAUGCAACACAGGUAUGGAGUAACUAUGUCUGUCAAGUUUCGGCCAGUGGCAUUUGUGUCACGACAGGGCGGUUGACUCCCGCAAUCUACAACCAGAUGGCUGCGGGUUUGAAUGUGAGCUAUGGGUUGUAUCAUUAUGGUCCAUUCCUGGUAGAUGUAGAAGACUGCAAUUUUGUGAGACAAACUUUCACCGACAUAUAUAGGAUCUAUUGUCCUGGUCUAAGGCGGUACAGCAAAUGGAUUUACGUUGGGCUGGUAAUGGUUUCGACUGCAGUUAUGCUUUCUCUUCUUUUCUGGGUUAUAUUUGGGAGAGAGCGACGACACCGUGUUUACACCAAACAGUUCAUAGCGAGAGCUGCUGCAGGCAUUGAAGGGGACAAGCAUACUUAAAAAAAAAAAAAAAUUUAAUUUGAACUAUUUCUUUGUAUCCAUCUUGGUUCUCAGGUUCUGUAAAUUGUUGAGUGGUAGGUUGGUGGAGCUUCUGUUUAUUAUGAUAGGAGUUUGAAGUUUUUCUGGAGGUUGAUCACUAGUGGAUGUUCUGAACUAGAGUUUGCAAGUCCAAUUAGAGUCAUGCGUGAUGUUUACAUUUGUUGCGCCAGCCUGAUUUAUUCUCCAAUCUGUAGGUAGGAUGUUAAUCAAGCUGAACAUUCGAAUUUUACUGUGCUUGGUCUAAGGUUUUGGCUUGAACUGACUAUUAUGUGUUCAUCUCAGUUCGAGCUUGGCUCGGUUUUUGGAUCAUAUGCUCAGGUUCGGUUAGAUUCGACUAGGUUUGUAAUAUGAGAUUGAAUUUGUGCUUAGACUCUGAUGACUCCAAAAAAUACGUACAGCUAG